CGGAGGAGGCAGAACAACACUGAGAAAGAACCAGUCAACUGGGCAGAAAGACAUUCCAAUCCAUUGGCACAAGAUGGACAGAGACCCAGGGAAGGGGCAAAAUGAUUUUGAUGAGAUAUAUGAAAAUGUCCCUGGCACAAUGGAACCAACUGAGUCUUCAAAGAAGAAAAUGAAGGUUCCACAAGAUUCCAAAGAAGAAAACCUCUCCACAAAAAUUCUGAAGGCAAGUGAAAUGUUGAGGAGACAGAGGAGACUCCUGAUGGUUCUGGGGACCCUGCUGGUUCUUGUCUUCACUUUCCUGAUAAUCCUGACCAGCCUCAUGUUUAUCUACUAUUCUAUUGUGAGCAGUCGGCUCAAGCAGUUAGAAGAGGAAAAAGCCGACCUUCUAGCACAAAUCCCAACCAUAAACCAAACAUUCGACUCCCGUAUAUCAGAGGCGGAGAAACGUAUAAAACAGGAAACCUUACAGACAUUACAAAGAGAGAGACCUCAGUGUGAUUCUGACUGGAGAGCAUUUGAUGGAAGCUGUUAUUAUAUUGUUACAACUAAGAAGAACUGGGAGGAUGCUCAGGCCACUUGUAAAGCAAUGAACAGUGAUCUGGUUAUUAUCACCAGUGAGAAGGAACAGAACUUCACUGAAAAUAUAACCGAUGACUCUUUUUUUUGGAUUGGCCUCACAAGGGAUAAGAAUGAUAAGAAUGCUUGGAGAUGGCAGGAUGGAACAUUCCUUAAUCUAUCAGAGGGAUUUUGGUACAAGGAUGAGCCUAAUAAUGAAGCAGGAAUCGAAAACUGUGUCCACAUGUGGAAAGACAAAAAGUGGAAUGAUGUUUUUUGCACUAAUCAGUAUAAAGCCAUCUGCGAGAAAAAAUAAUAUGGCGUGUUUAGUUACGGAGGUGUAAAUAUCAGUUUUAUGAGCAACUUAUCACAAUACUAAUAUCUAGAAGACACAUAAAUAAAAUGUAAAUCUCUCAAAUACAAUAUAUAUCCAUAACUACUAAUAAAAAAAUAAUAAUUGA